AGUGAGAAGAGAGUCCUGCGCUAGUACAAAACCUACACACACACACACACACACACACACACACACACACACACACACACACACACACACACACACACACACACACACACACACACACACACACACAGACAGAAAGAAGAAGAGGAAGAAGACAGCCUUAAAACUCUCCAAGCCGACCUAGGAGAGACCCGAUCUCCCCAUCUGCGUUGGACAUUGGUGUACCAUUCAGGGACUUUUAAUCCUGCUGUUAUCCUGAUCUCCUGGUAUCUCGCUGACUUAAAACCCUUCCCCCUUCAUCUCUCUCUCCUCUUCCUCCUCGUCUUCAUCAAGGCGAAAGCGCUGCAGAGAGCAUGUCAGCUCCAGGUCCAGAUGCUGCAGCUCCUGGAGGAGCUCCUGGGGCUCCUGGCGCACCCGGAGCAGAUGGAGCACCGGGCACAGGCCCUCCUCCACCUCCUCCCAACACCUCCAGCAAUCGUCGACUACAGCAGACACAGGCUCAGGUGGAAGAGGUUGUUGAUAUAAUGCGUGUGAAUGUGGAUAAAGUCUUGGAGCGGGACCAGAAACUGUCCGAGCUAGACGACAGGGCUGAUGCAUUGCAGGCUGGAGCCUCUCAGUUCGAGAGCUGUGCUGCCAAGCUGAAGAACAAAUACUGGUGGAAGAACUGUAAGAUGAUGAUAAUGAUGGGUAUUAUUGGAGUCAUUGUGGUCGGAAUAAUCUUCUUGUAUUUCUUCUCAUGAGCUCACCCAGCUGACAGAGAUAAGAAAACCAGUUAAAGGAGGCAGAAGAACAACCAAAACAUGAAAAGUCCACUCAUAAGUCCAUGCCUUUUCAUGUUCCCUCUAUUUUUACUAUCAAGGCCUCUUAUUCCAGACAUCUGCUACUUACUCAGUGUGACAGCAGUAAUCAGAUUCACAAGCUUCCUGUUCUCACAUAAUCUGCUAUGCUCUUUACUCAUUCAUUCUGAUUUCUUAUAGCUCCUUGUCUUAGAAUCUCUGACAUAACACACACACACAGACACAGACACACACACACACACAGACACGCAUGCACGCACGCACGCACGCAUGCACACGCGCGCACACACAAACACACACAAACACACACACACACAGAGACACGCACGCACGCACGCACGCAUGCACACACACGCACACACAGACACAGACACAGACACACACACACACACACACACACACACACACACACACACACACACACACACACACACACACACACACACACACACACACACACACACACACACACACAGGGACAUACACCAUGAGCAUUUGUGGGAUUAGUUUGAUAAAAGGGAAGGAAGCUAAAGGUGAAACAAGUGUGAGUUUAAACUCAUUUGUGAAACAAGUGUGAGUUUAAUUAAUUAAGUGACAAAGAAAUCAAAGUCAGGGAAUCCACAAUCCACUUUCUACUUGUGAAGCCAAACAUCCUCAGCUUUGGAAAUUAGUAAACUAACAUAACAUAACAUAACAUAACAUAACAUAACAUAACAUAACAUAACAUAACAUAACAUAACAUAACAUAACAUAACAUAACAUAACAUAUGCAACACAUGCUCUUUCCUACUAUCACACUGUUUAUGGCUUUAUCCCCCUUUAUCUGCUUGUAUCUGUUAGUGUCUAGAUGAUACAUGAAUUUAAAUGACUUUUAUUGUAUAUGUGUAAUUGUCAUCGCAAACAUUAAUGAUAGAAACUCAUUUUCAGAUAUAUAGAUAGAAUUAGAAAUAAAUAUCUUGUUAAUUUUUUUCUGUAUAUCAAAUAAAGAGGCAGAGUAUAAGAAACAGAAAUAUAAAAGGAAGAGGUGAACAGGGAUGUGAGGGAGAAACAGGGAAAGAUUUUUACAUAUUGGUUAAGGAAACUCAUGCACACACACACACACACACACACACACACACACACACACACACACACACACACACACACACACACACACACACACACACACACACACAAACACACACACACACACACAUUGCAGAGCUAUACAAAAUGUCAGCUUAGGAUUUCUAUUGUUUAACAACAUUCAUAGACUGACCCACACACACACACACACACACACACACACACACACACACACACACACACACACACACACACACACACACACACACACACACACACACUAACA